GUUUGUCACUAUAUCUUUCACAUCACACAAUCAUUUAAUCCAUUGUUAGCAUAAAGAAAUGAAUAUCUUUAACUGAAUGGCGGCGGUGGGGGGGUGUAUUAUAUAAUGGUAAAGUCAUAUUUAAAGAAUGCUGUAGAAAUGAACUAUGUAUGUUUUGUUCAGUUGUAUACUGAUUUUAUAAAACGGCAAUGAAAUUAUUACUGUCGUGGGGUUUUUACUGUAUAAGCUAAUAGUAUCUUUUUAUUUUAAUGGACCAUUCUGCUGCCAGUCAACUAGAUUUUAAAAAGUGAGAGCGACAUGUCAUCCCAUAGUUCUUGUUUUUCCAAAUCGUAACUCUGCCUGAAGAAGGGCACAGAAAAUAAGUUCAUUAGACAAACGGAUUCUUACCAACAGAACAAGUAGGGACACAUUCUACUUUGUGUGGGUUACAGCUAGCUCCGCCCCUUUACCCCGUGUUACAGCUAGCUCCGCCCCUUUACCCCGUGUGGAAACUGUGUUGACAAAUCGUGGAGUGUGAAGGUUACUGGGAGGGAACUAACUAAAGUAAUACAAAUGUAACACACACAGUUAACAGUGGCUCAGAGUUGUGUGAAUAGUUUCGCCACAGUCAGCUGACUCUACAGUAAAUGUGGGUCCUGUAGGUCGGCGAUACAGUGGGUCAUGUUUCCGUCGCUAUACGUUAGCCAGCCGGCUAACUCUUAGCUAGUUCUAAUGUGAGUGACAGACGGUGCACGCGAGGGCACAGCUGUCAGAGAGGUGAGUCGCUCGGAUGACACGACGUAUCUGCUUUUGAUACUAACGGCCAUGACUUUAACGUGAACACAAUCCGGGCUUGGCCACAGACACUGGGGGGAGAGGCAAAGCACGAUGGAGGGACCGGGCAGGACCACCAAUUUCAACUUCUCAUAUGAAGAGGAAGAGGAAGACCCGGACUCGUCUGCUCUCUCCUCCACCAUGUCCAUUGACAAGCUCUUCCCGGCUCUCUUGCAGUGCUUUGGGAUAAUUCUGUGUGGCUACAUCGCAGGGAGGGCAAACAUCAUCACCUCCACCCAGGCCAAAGGACUGGGAAAUUUUGUGUCCAAGUUUGCCCUCCCAGCACUGCUUUUCAAGAACAUGGUACUGCUGGACUUUGAUAAUGUCAUAUGGCCGUUUCUUUGGAGCAUCCUCAUUGCCAAAGUGUCUGUGUUUUUCAUUGUGUGCGUCCUCACACUGAUAGUGGCCAGUCCUGAAAGUCGCUACAGUAAGGCUGGACUCUUCUCAAUAUUUGCCACCCAGAGCAAUGACUUUGCUUUGGGAUACCCUAUAGUUGAAGCCCUAUACCAGAGCACAUAUCCAGAGUACCUCCAGUACAUCUAUCUGGUUGCACCUGUGUCCCUAAUGCUUCUAAAUCCCAUCGGUUUUGCCUUCUGUGAGAUCCAGAAGUGGAAAGAUCAAGAAAACCACCAACAGAGCAAACUUCUGAUAGCGGGGCUUGUAGUUUUACAGGUCCUGAAGAACCCAAUUGUAUUCAUGGUAGUCAUCGGCAUCAUCGCCCACUUUGUCCUGCACCAGACAGUUCCUGCUUUCAUGGCUGAAUUUGUGGAUGGCUUGGCCAACUCUUUUGGGGGAGCAGCUCUGUUCUACCUGGGUCUGUCCAUGGUGGGCCAGUUGAGGAGGCUAACCAGAUCCACAGUUGUUACACUGAUAUUACUGCUUACUGCAAAACUGUUGCUAAUGCCCCUGAUUUGUAAGGACAUGGUGGAUUUGUUGGACAAUAGCAACACCAGUGCACUGAACCACUCAAGCCUCUCCAAUUAUGCCUUUCUUUAUGGGGUGUUUCCCACUGCACCAAGUGUGGCAAUCUAUGCUGUCUAUUAUAACGCCGAGCUACAAGUUGUAACCUCUGGGAUGGUCAUCAGCACUUUUCUCUCCGCUCCGAUAAUGUAUGUUUCUGCCUGGUUACUUACAAUGCGUUGGAUGGAUCCUCAGCUCCUGAUGAACUCAAUGCAGAAUAUCAGCUUUAACAUAAGCAUCGUGAGCUUAGUUGCACUGGUGUGGACGAUCGCUGUGAUGGUUUUAAGUAAGAAAAUCAAGAGGCUGCCACACUUCUUUACUGUCAACCUUUUCUUGGCUCAACUUCUAAUUUGUAUUGGGAUGAUCAUGUGGAACUUCGUGGUGAAGGAAGAGAACUUUAUUGGCCAGGUCCUGACUUUCACAUUACUGUGUUCCUCACUCUACAGUACUUAUGUGUGGUCAGGUUUAAUAGCACUGUCUCUUGUGCUCAUAAAAAGCUCUGAGGAAAUGAAAGUGUCACCAACCGUGUUGGUUAUAGCAGGCUGGGGGAUUCCAGCUUUAGUAACUGCUGUGCUGCUCAUUUCUGGGACAAAGCAGGUUGACACGAUUGACUCAACAUUCUUUUACGGCAAAUCACAGAUAAUCUGCACCACAGUUGUAGUUGGCUUCAGUAUACUGCUGGGUGGGGGCUCCCUUGUGUGUCUCAGUAGAGGAAGCUGGGCCCAAAAUGACCAAAUCCAAGAGAGAAAUGCUUCAUUUGGCACUGCAGAGGAUCUUAUAAUUGAAGUUGAUGCAGAAAACCAGACUCUGGCUGAGCCAGUCACCCCAUCAGGAGAUUUCAACAGAGCAUGCCUCAUAUGUGACUGUGCACCACCCCAGCCCAUGCCUGACAUGAUCAUCAGCACCAAUUCAAACUACACACCAACCACGCUGACAGGUGAGUGUGAGAAUAGGUGUGAGUCCUCAGAGUGCCUCCUAGCCCAAGUGGAGGAGCUCCAGCAGGCUGCAGAUAGACAAGUGGCCCGUCAUGUGCUCCUGUGUCUGCUUCUGACUGUCAGCUUGCUUGCUAACCUGUCUAGCUGCUUGUGGCUAAUCUUUAAUCAGAUUCCUGGUAGACUUUAUUUGGAACUACAGUUCUUCUGUGCUGUGGCAAACUAUGGACAGGGUUUUCUCUCUUUUGCUCUUUUUGGGCUGGACAAGCAUUUGAUUAUUUUACCCUUUAAGAAAAGGUUGUACAGACUGUGGUAUGGAAAGAGGCAAGAGGAGCAGCAGCAGCAGCAGCAGCAGCAGGCAGAUUUACCUGAAGAUAUCAGGGUGACCUGCACCCAAUUCACCAAAUACCACAAAGACCAGUGUUUUCAUGACAUUGUUAAAAAGAGAAGGUGUGGGAAGACUACUGUGGUGGGCUCUUUUCUUGGCUGUGAACUUGUGGAAUGGCUUCAGCAAGUGGGGUUGGCUCAGGACCGUGGAGAGGCAGUGCUCUAUGGGAUGCGGUUACAGCAGGGUGGUGUCCUCCAGCACAUCAAACAGGAAUACGACUUCCAAGACAGUCCUCUUUAUUACCGCUUCAUGACAUAAGACAAAUAGGUCAACACUGGUGUAUGUUAAAAAAAAAUGCUGUGUUUGAGUAACAGGAGAGACAACACUGAUGUUUAAAGAGUACCAACAGGCUGCUUUGCCUACAGCCUGUACAGUGCAUGCCAACAUUUUACUAUGCACUAUUGUACCACACAACACAGUCAGCUGUUGGAACAGACCACACCUGACUGUGAUGUUGGGUGUGUACAGUUGAAACUGACAGACUUUGAAACUUUAAAAAGCCAGGGCAAUGUGCACUGUGGCCGCUGUUUCUCCUGACAGUUUGAUUCUGUCCUGGUUCCUUGCUAUGACUUUUCUGAUGAUGUUGCUGCAACCUUUCAUCUGCAGUGCAGCUGCAGUUGAGUAAAACAUAACUGAUAGGAGUGACAGCCAAAACUACAAAAUAGGCAGUUUGUUUAAUAUUCACUGUAAACAAUAACUGAACCAACAGGUAUUGCAAAUGUUUAGAGCCAAAACAAGACUUUGCUGCUUUUUAAGAUUUUUUUUUGUUAGUGUAAUUGUUUAUUCAGUCACUUGCACCUGAACUUUCAGUACAGUAGUUUUAAUUUAUAUCACUGUGAGUGUUAAUCCACAAAGACGUGCAGGCUAAACCUGCUGGUCAGCCACAUUAUAUCUUGUACUGAGUUUUACCUCAGUUUGUAUUUUCAUUCUUGUAUGAAAGUCACUCACCAAAGGGAAGCUGUGGAUAAAUCUCUGCUUAGUUUGUUUGUAGUCAGCUUAACUUAUGAUUAACUUAGUUUAACAAGUUAAAUGACUGGUAAUGUUGUAUGAAAUGUGUGUUAUUGCUUUAUUUGACUACAGUUUAAUAUGUCAACACUAAUGGAGAACAGUGAUCACACUGUUUACCAGGACGACUGUAUGUGAGCAGUAUCCCAGAGCACCAUUUCAACAAACAACCCGUCUGCUUGGGGAAAAAAAUGUAUUCAUAUUUCCUUUUUAUAACUGCUUUAACAACAACAACAGAAGCAAACUGAUUUUUGAGUGAUGAACAUAAUGCGGUAGUACUGAAUAACUAAAGAAGUGUCAAGACGGAGUAUUUGAAUGAAUGAAUGAAUACUUUAUUGUCAUUAUACAUAAGUACAACGAAAUUACACAUGCCACAACUGAUCAGUGCAAACAUAUUAAAAAACGCAUGUGCAUGCUGACCGUGUUCAGGUUGACUUUGAGAAAGCAAGUAUCCUCAUUCACUCCUCCACAAACUGUGAACUUGGAAAACCUUA